ACCUCUUGUUCCGCUCUCUGGCUCUCGCCACGCGGCUCACGCGCUUCUCACGCUUCGUGCAGGGCUCCGCUGCGAGAGGCUCUGAGCGCCGCCGCAGGAGCAUGGCUGUCCGCUAGUCUGUUGUCUCUUGAUCCGCCGUGAACCGCCAGAUUUCAUUGUUUCAAUCCGACCGCUCCAGUCAAUCUAAAUCUAGGUUUCAGUUGAGACCGCCUUUUCUCAGCGUGCCGACUGCCUCUCGCCCCAUGGCCUCCACGCCUCCCGCCUGGCCUCUCGUCACCUCGCCUAGGUUAGCUUCCUCUCACAGCUGACGGAACGAGUCCCUCGACGCAGGAGUUGAUUUUGGAUUUAGCACACUAGCCACAAGUAGGAGUAGCAUAAUACUUAGCUGUGCAAGCGGUCAGCUUGACACCCAGCAAUGCUCGCAACGCCGUGCGGCGCUGGUGGUGGUGAUGGUGGGGGCGUCGCGCUCCUCGGAGGCAAGUCAUGCUGUGUGCGGCGAACCCCCUGCAUUCCUCCAUUCCUCCACGCCUUGCCUUCCAUUCCCGCUGCAUUCUAUCGCGCAUCCCGCUGCAUGCGAUCGCGCAUUCCUGCGCUCUUCCUUGUUUCGUUGUCCUGUUCCCGUCUUUUCUCCCCGGAAUACGACUCUUACCGUCAACCUGACGGCGCUCACUGCUCUGCUUCUCUCGCUCUCGCCGUGCUGCCGUCUCGCGCCCCUCUCCCCGCCGCCCGCAGGUACCCUUACGACGCCCCGCGCGCCCUGCCGCCCUUCCCCUCUGACGACCCCUACGCGCGCCUGCCCGGCCCGCCCGGCCCGCCGCCAGGUCCUGAUCGCUACAGGCGGCCGCCUGCCUAUGACAUGCUGCCAGGCGGCGCUGCGCCCCCGCCGCCACCGCCGUACCCGCCGCACUACGCGCCCAGUGAUGCGCCGCCGCGCAGCAGGCCAGCGCCGGCGGACGUGCUGCUGACGUACAAGCAGUUCAUUGCUGACCUGGAUGAUGACGUGUCGCCGGCUGACGCCGAGAAGAGGUACGGGGAGUACAAGAGCAAGUUUGUCACGGCGCAGAAGAAGGCGUUCUUCGACGAGCACAGGAACGAGGAGUGGCUGCGCGCGCUGUACGACCCGGCUCGCCUCGAGAGCCUUGUCGACAGGCGCACAGAGUUCGCUCAGCUGGAGAGCAAGCAGUUCCUUGACAGCCUGCGACGCGGCGAUGCUGACCUCGGCCCCUAUGCGGACCCCCGUGACCCCCUAGCGGCCACGGACGCACGUCGCCGCAACCCCUCCUUCCGCCCCUCCAUUGCGCACGACGCCGCCGCCGCCACCGCCGCCGCCCCGCGUGUGCCGGCGGGUGCUGGGCGGGCUGCGCGCGUGGCGCACGACCUGGAGCGCGCGCGGGCGCUGCUGGCGAAGCUGGACGCGGAGAAGGGGCUGGGGGACGCGGAGGGGGGCGCUGAGGGGGGCGCGGAAGGGGGGAACUUCCUUCUUGGGGAGAACCAGGCGGGGUCGGCGGAUGAGCCGUUCAAGAUCCGGAUCCCGCCCGUGGAUGCGGAAGGGGGGCGCGGGGCGGCGCGGUGGAUGGAGGGCGUGGAGGUGCUGGACGCGGUGCUGACGUACCUGUGGCGCGUGCACGGCGCCGACUACUAUGGGGGCUCCGAGCUCAGGGGGCUGCCCAAGGGGCUGCGGCACGCGUGGGCGAGGCGCGUGGACGACAAGUGGCGCGAGCGUGCAGGGCCGGGGGGGCAGGACCCGGUGGUGGCGCUGGUGGGCGCGGAGAGAGUGGAGGCGUGCAUGGGGGGCGCGAUGGAGGGGCUGGUGCGCAAGAUCAAGGACGACAAGUAUGGGUGGAAGUACGGGUGCUCCGCUGCUGGGUGCUCGAAGCUGUUCCACGGGCCGGAGUUCGUGGUGAAGCACCUCAAGCUGAAGCACCCCGAGCUGGUGGCGGAGCAGAUGAACCGAGUCAAGGAGGAGGUGUACGAGGAGAACUACAUGCGUGACCCUAACGCCCCUGUCAGGGGAAGGGAGAGGGACGGCGACAGGGACAGAGAGCGAGACAGGGAGAGAGAGAGGGAGCGGGAGCGCGGCCAGUACGCGCACUCGCCGGUGCCUGUAUCUGCGCGCCUGGGCGCGCGGGUGCCCCCGCCUCCUGACGCCUUUCCCUUCCCCCCCGACCGCUUCGACCGCGCCGCGCCCUUCGACCGCCCUGGCGGACCUCCCCCCCCGGCCCUGGGAGGACCCCCUGACGGCUCAGAGCCAUUCCCCGGGGAGCGGUUUGGGGGCCGGUACGGGCGUGAGGGGGAGGUGGGGCGGUACGAGGGCGAGAUGUUCGACCGGCGGGGGGGCCGGGGGCCGGGGGGGGAGGGGGAGCGGUAUGAGAGGCGGGGCAGGGAGGACGGACGGGAGGGGUUUGAGCGGUUCGAUGGGGGCGGGGGCGGGGAGUUCAUGGGGCCGCCGCCGGGAGGGCCGAUGUUUGACGAGAGGGGCGCAGCCAUGGAGGGGCCAGCGCCGCCCAUCAUGAUGGGGGGGCCGGGGGGGCCCUUGGACGCCACGCCCGUGUUCGAUGUGUUCGACGGCCCGCCCCCGCCGCUGCCCCCGCGCGGCCCGCCCAUGCUGCCGCACCGAGGCCCACCAGGGCCUGGGGGCCCAGGAGGGCCGUUUGGGGGGCGUCUGCCUGCCGUGCUCAUCCCCGUGCCCGGCGCUGGCCCGCUGGGUCCGUUCCUGCCCGCGCCCCCCGACCUGGCAGCGCGCAUCCUGAGGGACCCCUCCUUCCGCCCGCCGCCCUCCUUCUUCGACGCCUUCGACGCCCCGCCGCCCCCUCCCCCCUUCGACAACCCCCCUCUCGACCUCCCUCCUGACGCCCCCCUCCCCUCCGGCCCGCCCGGCCCUGCGCCUGGGGGAGAGGAGGGGCGCUCCCCCCCUCCCCCCUCUGGGGGCGGGGGAGGGGCGCGGGGGGAAGCAGCGAGGGGGAGAGCAGGGGCAGGGGGGAGGGAUGGGGGAGGAGGGAGGCCGAGAGGGGGACGGGAGGGGCCGUAUGGCAGUCCCGGGAGGUUUGGGGCCAUGGGCAUGGGCAUGAGAGGCAUGGGCAUGGGCAUGGGUAUGGGCAUGGGGAUGGAGAUGGGGAUGGGGAUGGGCAUGGGACCCAUGGGGAUGAUGCCGAUGAUGGGAGGGCCACCGCAUGAUCCCCGUGGCAUGCGCAGCUACCGGGACUUGGAUGCACCGGAUGACGAGGUCACCGUCAUUGACUACCGCAGCCUCUGACUGUGUCGCCCCGUCACCCGCCCUCGCGCCCCGCUCACCAUUCAGCGCACGGCUCCGUGCGAGCAAGUGUGCCGUGCCGUGCCGUGCGCCUCCGUCCAGAAGCAUGGCCCUCGUUAGCUAGUGCCUCAGUGCCGCAGUUUAGGUGGACGAGCGUGGUUUGUGUCAAGCACAUGUAAUCUGGUUAGUUGGACUAGGAAGCAGCAUAUUCUGUUCCGUUCCAAGGUUGGAUGUGCAGGGUUGGAGACGGACCCAAUCCACGUUCGGCUU